AUGACAGAAAGUGAUAUUAUUUAUGAUGAAAAUACUAAAGUCAGAGCCGUAGUUUCUUCAUUUUGUAAUAAGAAUGGUUUGAAUAUAAAAAGUUAUUCUUGGGUAGUUAAAAAAGCUUUAGGUAUCAUAAUAUUAGUACAUGGGUUAGGUUCUCAUAUAAGAUUUGGUUUUUUAAAACAAAAUGCAAAUAUUAUAAGUAAUGAUCAUGCAGUUUUAAUUGAUGGAGAUAAUUAUUAUAUUUAUGAAGGUAGUUGGAUUGAGAAAUUGAAUAAAAAUGGUUAUUCUGUAUAUGGUUUGGACUUACAAGGACAUGGCGAAUCUGAUGGAUAUCAGAAUUUAAAACUACAUAUUAAUCAUUAUGAUGAUUAUAUACAUGACGUUAUAGAAUACAUUGAAAGAGUGUAUCAAUCAAAUAUUUCGAAAAAUGAAAAAAAAAUGUAUAUAACAGAUAAUGGUAAUAUAGAAAAAAAUCCUAUAUAUUUAGUAGGUUAUUCAAUGGGAGCAAAUAUAAUUUUAAGAGCCUUACAAUUAUUAAAUAAAUCUAAUGAUAAUCUUAUUACUAAAUUAAAUAUAAAAGCAUUUAUAUCUUUAGCUGGAAUGAUAUCUAUUAAGCAUAUUGGAUCCAUUGAUUCAUACAAAUAUAAAUAUAUCUUUUUACCAGUAAUAAAAAUGUUAUCUUAUAUAUGUCCAAAUUAUAGAUUACGUAACAAAAAUAGAGGUUUCAAAAGAUUUCCAUAUAUUAAUGAUCUGAUAUAUUUUGAUGAAUUAAGAUAUAAAAAAGGUGUGACAAAUAAACUUGCAUAUGAAGUAAUAAAAUCAGUGUAUAUCUUAAAAAAAUAUAUAAAUGAUAUACCUAAAAAUAUUCCUAUAUUAUUUAUACAUUCAAGAGAAGAUUCGGUUUGUGCAUAUGAAGAAGCUUUAUCAUUUUUUAAUAAUUUAUAUAAUACUAAUAAAGAAAUUUAUACAUUAGAAAAUAUGGAUCAUGUGGUGACAUUAGAGCCUGGAAAUGAAAAAGCUCUAAAUAAAAUGUUGUCUUGGAUAAAAAAAUAUGAAUGA